CCUCCAAGAAGCGAGAAGGGAGAGGGAAAAUGAAAGAGAACCGAACCCAAAACUGAAAAAGGGCAGAGUGCAAAGAAGCGCACACAAGGUCAGCGAGAGAGGGAAAUUGAAAACAAAUCAGAAGGUCGCAUGUAUCAUAUAAAGAUCCUCCCUUUUUUCUCUUCGCCUCCAUUAUAGCUAUGAACCAUUGCCGAUUACUGCCACUUCCUCUGUAAAACCCUAAGCAUCGAUUGCCCCUUCUCCUCUCCCUUUUUAAUUUUCGAUCCUUCCCACUCAGUUGAUUGAUUAAUUCCACUUCAAUUACUCGGUGCACGAUAACUUUCAUCCCUCUUCUAAGAUCCAUUGGUGGCUUCGAUUAGGGCUGUGAUUUCUUUGGGUUUGCUUUUGGUCCAUUUAGGCUGGCGGGUAUUCGGUUCAAGUAAAUGGCGGAUCCGCCUGGCAUCCGCCUCUGCGCAUGUGGUAUCUCGGAAGCUAACAGGGUCGCUGGUCUUCGUUUUUGGUUGCAGUUCUGUAACGAUUGCAAGGAGUAAAAGAAUGCUGACCGUGAUUCGCGUACACCUCCCUUCUGAUAUACCCAUUGUAGGAUGUGAGCUCACGCCGUACGUUCUCAUACAGCGACCAGACAUGAUUGUUACCAACGACGAUGUCCCUGAGACGGCCCCUUUAGAUGGCCAUUUCUUGCGGUACAGGUGGUAUCGUGUACAAAGUGAUAAAAAGGUUGCCGUUUGUAGCAUACAUCCAUCUGAACAGGCCACACUGCAGUGCCUUGGCUGUGUUAAGGCUAAAAUACCUAUUACCAAAAGUUAUCACUGCACACCAAAGUGUUUUUCAGAUGCAUGGCAGCAUCAUCGUCUUUUACAUGAUCGUGCUGCAAGUGCAGUUAAUGAAAAUGGAACUGAAGAGGAGGAACUAUUUGGACGCGAUAAUAGCUCUGGCUCUGGGGCAGUUAAUAACAAUUUAUCUAGCUCUGCUUCAAGUGCUAGUUUGGCAAAUGUGUCUGCUCCUCUAUAUCCAGCUGCUGUUACACAACGAAGUGGUGGUGAAACUUGGAUUGAAGUUGGACGAUCUAAAACGUAUACCCCAACAGCUGAUGAUAUUGGUCAUGUCCUUAAUUUUGAGUGUGUUGUAGUUGAUGCAGAGGCAAAAGUUCCUGUAGGGCAUGUUAAUACUAUACUAACUUCUCGUGUUAUUCCUGCUCCCUCUCCUAUUCCACGCCGUUUGAUUCCUGUUGAUGGGAUGGCACAUAUAGAUGCAGAUGCACGCAUAACAUCUUCAGGAACAUUUACAGUUCUAUCUUACAACAUUUUGUCUGAUGCAUAUGCUUCAAAUGAUUUAUAUAGUUACUGUCCUCCAUGGGCUCUUUCUUGGCCAUAUCGCAGGCAAAAUUUGUUAAGAGAAAUUGUUGGUUACCAGGCAGAUAUUGUUUGUCUUCAGGAGGUACAAGGUGAUCAUUAUGAGGAUUUUUUUGCCCCUGAACUGGACAAACAUGGUUAUUAUGGUCUAUACAAGAGGAAAACCAAUGAGAUAUUUGGCGGCAACACCAGCACAGUUGAUGGUUGUGCAACAUUUUUCCGUAGAGACAGAUUUUCACAUGUGAAGAAAUAUGAGGUUGAAUUUAACAAGGCUGCACAGUCUUUAACAGAUGCUAUGAUUCCAACUGGCCAGAAGAAAACUGCAUUAAAUCGGCUGGUUAAGGACAAUGUUGCACUAAUUGUGGUUCUAGAAGCAAAAGUUAGCAAUCAGCUAGUUGACAAUCCUGGAAAAAGACAGCUUCUUUGUGUGGCAAAUACACAUGUACAUGUGCACCAAGAUUUAAAAGAUGUUAAACUCUGGCAGGUGCACACACUCUUAAAAGGGUUGGAGAAAAUUGCUGCAAGUGCAGACAUUCCAAUGUUGGUUUGUGGAGAUUUUAAUUCAGUUCCUGGAAGUGCUCCACAUGCACUUCUUGCAUUGGGGAAGGUUGAUCAAACGCAUCCAGAUUUAGCAGUUGAUCCACUCAAUAUACUUCGGCCACACAACAAGUUGGUUCAUCAAUUGCCACUGGUUAGUGCAUACUCAUCCUUUGGAAGAACGGUAGGUCUUGGAUUUGAGCAGCACAGAAGGAGAGUGGAUAGUGCAACAAAUGAACCUUUGUUCACAAAUGUUACCAGGGAUUUUAUUGGCACUCUAGAUUACAUAUUUUACACAGCGGAUUCAUUGGUGGUGGAGUCACUGUUGGAGCUAUUGGAUGAGGAGAGUUUAAGGAAAGACACAGCACUUCCCUCUCCUGAAUGGUCAUCUGAUCAUAUAGCUCUGUUAGCUGAAUUUCGCUGCUGCAAGAAUAGAUCCAGGCGUUAACACUUGAAGUUCAGAUCUAAACACUCAGAGAAAAGAUGAAGGAAGCUUUUGGUUGAUAAGCUACUCUAGGGAUGGUAGAUCAUGCCUUCGUCAGUCCAGGUAUCUCCCUCGUGGGAUCCUAGCAAUGAUCUGCCUUGUAAUAUGCCACCCUUGUCUCAUAGGAAAGUUUUUUAUGCUCCUUGUUGAAUUUUCUCCCUGCCCACAACCCCCCCUUCCAAUCUUUUUUCCCUCUAAAGAGGGAGUUGUCUUUAUAAAUGUUCAGUUAUAGCAAUUGGUCAAUUGACCUAUUUUCCCAAAUUCCUGGAGAUAAUCUAGUGGCCGCUGAGGAGAGUUCAAAUCUCUUUCCUUUCUAUAGCGAUCAAAUAAUAGUCAAAACUUCGGUUAUGCUUAGUUGCCAAAUGUCAGCAGAAACCUGACGUGAUAUUUAUAAUGAAGAGCCCCUCCGAUAUGGGAAGGGUUUCCUAACGUGGGCUUUGUGAUCCGAGUUGUUAGCUAGCAACCAUAUGUAGCGUUGUAUAGGGAUGGAAGAUGCUUAAUGUUGAAUGAUUGAUUUUGCAUCAUAAAAAAGGGCACAGGUCAACUUGAUUCCCCAGCUCUGCAAUUUAGAAUGCCGUUCUGGGCAGCAAAUGAAUAUUUGAGCUACGUA